AUGGGCUUGGAGGAACUGCUGGACCAGGUGGGUGGCUUUGGGCCCUUCCAACUGCAGAAUGUGGCCCUGCUGGCCCUGCUCUGCGUGCUGCAACACUUGCACUUCCUCCUGCCCCUCUUGGCUGUAGUGCCUGCCCACCACUGUGCCCUGCCUGGUGCCCCUGGCAACUUCAGCCACCAGGACGUGUGGCUGGAGGCCCACCUGCCCCGGGAGCCCAACGGCAAGUUCAGCUCCUGCCUCCACUUUGCACACCCCCAGGCUCCCAACACCAUGUUGUGGGGAGAGGGGCAGAACUUUGGGGAGCUGGAAGGCAAACCCUCCCCAGUGCCCUGCUCUCAGGGUUGGGAGUACGACUGCACGGAGUUCUCCUCCACCAUUGCAACUGAGUGCGACCUGGUGUGUGAGCAGAAAGGCUUGAUCAGAGCUGCAUCCACUUUCUUCUUUGCUGGUGUGCUGGUGGUAGCUGUGGCCUUUGGAUACCUGUCUGACAAGUUUGGGAGGCACUGUCUGCUGCUGGUGGCCUAUGUGAGUGUCCUGGUGCUGGGUCUGGCACCUGCAGCCUCUGCCAGCUAUGUAAUGUUCACCAUCACCCACACCCUCACUGGCUCAGCCCUGGCUGGCUUCACCAUCAUCGUGAUGCCACUGGAGCUGGAGUGGCUGGACAUGAAGCAUGGCACCAUGGCAGGCAUCCUGAGCAGCACCUUCUGGAGUGGGGGCAUGAUGUUGCUGGCACUGUUUGGGUACCUGAUACGGGACUGGCGAUGGCUUCUGCCUGUCACUCUGCCCUGUGACCCAGGCAUCCUCAGCCUCUGGUGGGUGCCCGAGUCUGCAUGCUGGCUUCUGACCCAGGGACGUGUGGAGGAGGCCCAGAGGUACCUGCUCUGCUGUUCCAGGCUCAAUGGGCAGCCUGUGGGUGAGGACAGCCUGAGCUGGGAAGUCCUGAGCAAAGUGGCUGCUGGUGAAAGGGCUAUCUGAAGACCUUCAUACCUAGACCUGUUUCGCACAUCACAGUUUCAAUACAUCUCAUUAUGUUUUAUGGUGGUGUGGUUUGGAAUGAACUUCUCCUAUUACGGCCUUAGUCUGGACGUGGAGGGGCUGGGGCUGAACGCGUACCAGUCGCAGCUGCUGUAUGGGGCCGUAGAGCUGCCCGCCAAGCUGUUGGUUUACCUGUCGGUUCGCCACGCGGGACACAGCCUCACGGUGGCCGGAACGCAGCUGGGCACGGCCCUGGCCUUGAGCUUCAGACGGCUGGUGUCCUCCGAGAUGAGGUCCUGGGGCACCGCCCUGUCGGUGAUGGGGAAAGGUUUCUCUGAAGCCGCCUUCACCACUGCCUACCUGUUCACUUAGGAGCUCUACCCUGCCGUGCUCAGACAGACAGGGAUGGGGCUGACUGCACUAGUGGGCCAGCUGGAGGCCUCUUUGGCCCCAGUGGUGGCCUUGCUGGAUACAGUGUGGCUGUGACUGCCCGAUCUUGUUUUUGGGGGGAUUGCACUGCUGGCUGCUUGCACCACCCUCCUGCUGCCAGAGACGAGGCAGGUGCAGCUGCCAGAGACCAUUCAGGACGUGGAGAGAGAGAGUGUCCCUUCCAGUCUUCAGGAGGAAGAGAUACCCAUGAAGCAGGUCCAGAACUGA